AUGGAGGGAGAAGCGUACCGGAUCGGCAUGGAGCUGCUGAAGGGAAACGGACACGGGGACUCCGCUCACAUCAAGAGGCCCAUGAACGCCUUCAUGGUCUGGAGCAAGAACCAACGACGAAAACUGGCCCAAGAGAAUCCCAAGAUGCACAAUUCUGAAAUCUCCAAGAGACUCGGCGCUCAAUGGAAGAAGCUGUCCGAGGUGGAAAAGAGACCUUUCAUCGACGAAGCCAAGCGACUCAGGUGA